AUGGAUACCCCGACGAAAUGGAUAACUUCGAUGAUUGAUCGCCUCUUGAGCUCCUAUCUGAAUAAAUCGUCGAUCAAAAUCCCUUUUGAGAACGAUCAGAGCAACCUCCGCUUCCGCACCGAUGUCGUUAAGAGCGUUCUGGUGAACAGUUGUACGGAAGACCGCCACUUUAACAAACUCAAUGUAACCGACUCGGAUGCCCAAAUCGAAGCGAUCUUUUCCAGAGAGGCGCUGGAGGACUAUCAGAAGAGAUACCCACAGCAUCCGUUCAGCAAAGAGGAGGUACGGGGAUACCGUGUUCAGCUGGAGGACUUUGAGCUGGUCUUAGAGUAUACCACGGCAACCCCGAAGGUCCAUCUCUAUGUCCAACGUUUCAAGGUAGAAUGGGGCUCGGCCAGGGUCAAGACACCCCCAAAGGGGAAGACCCUUCGGAAACAUCCGGUUUAUAAGUUGAUGCAAGAUGCGUCCAGAGACGCCAAGCAAUCUCUGCAGCAUAUAAUGGCGCCUGCACCUCGACGUAAUGAUUCUUUCUCUUCGCAGACCCAUCAAACGUUCCAGAUGCCUGCCUCGCAGAAUGGCUUCAUGUCCCAGGUUUAUCCAGCUCCUCAGGCUCAGGCUAUGCAGCAUCCGCCUCGCCCGGACAGAGAUGCCAGGGUCUCUACUCUACUUGCAAUGCUAGAUCAGCGUGCUGGGACUAAUAUUCCAUCGGAUCAACUGGGACGCGUACCUUCCCUCCCUCCGAUUCCGAAUCACCAGCAUGGAAUUGCGGUACCUGCAGCAAUGGCAAACAUACCAUCCGCCAGGUACUAUACUGCAGAGCCUGCCAGGGUCAAUAUAGACAUCGCGCCCUUGCCCUCUACCGUGCCGAGUGCAGCCGCGCAACCCGUCCCGCGCCCAUCGAGCAAUCAGUUCCUUCGGUUGGCUUCGCAGCCUCCUCUCGCCAAGGACAGCGUAUCUCUGUCCAGAGUAUCAAGGAACUCUGCGCCACCAAAUAGUGAAUUUGAAGCGGAGCGACUGCCACAGCUAGCAGGUUUGUCUCAAAAAGGCACAGAGAAACAAACUAGUCCCCCACUGCAGAUGAUCCAACAAUCUCACAGGGCUGUAGCCAAGGAGAAGCAGCCGCUGGAGAAACUGGGACUUUGCCUUGAAGACCCCUGGAAGGACUUGACGCGGAUUGAGGAACGGGAUAUUCGUAUACCCAAGGACCAACAGAAUUUACUAGGGUUAUAUAAGCGCCGCUGGAUACCACCUCUACCCGGGGAAAGCAAACCACAAGGCCACGUACCACCUCGUCUACUUGCUCAGUGGAACACUAUUGUGACGCGAAGAAGCCGGGCCGCUAGCGAAAGGUCACUGGAAAAAGCAACACCGGAAGCGCUUCCAUUAGAACGGCCUUCACUUGGUCCUCCCAGCCCUACCCCUCGAGCCGAUUCAGACUCAGAAGGCGAACCUUUGACGUCGCAGUGGUCAGAAAGCUCCCCUGAACAGACUAUGCGUCGACGUCCGGCUCUGCCUGAAGACAGUAGCCCUAUAAGAGGGAGCCCGCGCAGGCUAGGGCGCAAUGUACCGGUGGCAGAUAGACCCAAAGUGCAAGCUGAUCGUCUGACCGAGGAGUCUAUUCCAGAAUCCGAUCAGCGUGCUCUAAGCACGAUAUCUGAGAAACCGGGGGGCAUUGCUGGCAGGGCCAAAACAGAUAUACAUCCUGCUAGGCGAAGCAUCCCAGUCCGAGCCCAAAGUCUACGAGAUGACUCGGAUGGCGACAGCGAUGACUCCAUGAUGGAUACCUCUGUGCCCUGUCCACUAGGGGUUGAAUUAUUUCAGUCGCAGUUUUUCACUCAGUCGGAGCGGGAGAUAACCAGCUCAGGUCCGUCUCUUCCUGCACCCGCUACACAGGAUCAGGUGCAGGUCGUUGAUACUCCCGAGACAAACCUUGGACGGUUCCGCCAUUCUCAGCCCGAACUGAGUAGCAAAGCCCCGGGAAUGCAGCCCUUUAGUACCCAGUCACCCAGUGUAGACAAAUCUUCGUCUCAGUCACGAAUUCUGAAUUCAGUUGGGAGUAGCACCGACAAAGGGUCUUCCUCUCAGGUCCUUUCAAAUGAUCAAUCGCGGGGCACUAACGCGGAAAUCCGGGUAGACAUUGCAGGGACACAGAUGAGCAAUCAAGACCUGUCAACGCAGGACCCAACACCCGGUUCUACCGCGGAUAUGGUUCUAGAUUCAAGUGCCCCAAGACUGCGUGAAGCGAGUGUGAUCAUGGAAGUCGCAAUGCCCUCAUCUCUACCGCUCGAGACCAGUGGUCAAAAAGGAGCCAGCUCCAAAUUCCUGGCACAGAGAUCGUCAAACAGGCAUUCCGUGGGAGUGGUCUCGAAACGGCCUGCGUCUGCUCUCGAAGACGAGGCAAGUGGCCCAUCCAAACGACCUCGAACGCAGCCGCCUGAGACAGCUCAUGAACCAGCUUCCAGCGCAUUGCAUCCACAGAGUGCCCGCAAUCCCGCUGAUAGCUGGGAAGCUCAGCAGACUUAUGGCAAGUUCUGUCGUAACUAUCCAAACUAUACUGGCGACUUUCAUCACUUCACCAAGCUUUGCUCUAAGCUUCAGGCUGUGCGAGCUAAGGGCCACCUGCAACGGUCGUUUCUAUGGGAUGACUUCAUUAUCAAGCAUCUCGAAGAGUUUCCUGGCUAUAUACAGCAAAACCAGAUGUCAGAAUCCAAGUCCAUGGAUUACGAGGACUAUUUUGCAUCUACGUUUUCCCGACCUGUUUACAAGAAGCGAAGCCUGACAGCGCAGGGUAUUGCAAUUGCAGCAGCACAGUAUGACCCAGCCAGGAAGGAGCCUGCUCCUGCACAUGCUUCGCCAAGCAGGCCAGACACUUCGUUCACCGGCAGCCUUGUGGACCGCUUCACUAAUCUGCAUGCUCACUCUUUCGAGCUAGGAAGUCAGGCCACCUUAUCCGACACUGACAUGGAUAUAUCGUCUGUAAUGUCGUCGCCCACUCCACAUCGCCAGCCCCAGUCCGUCGUCCAGGAUGGGGCUUGGAAUACGACACGCCAUACAGAGCAAAAGCUCCCCGAGGAAGAUGCGUCUUCUGACCUUGCGUCAGCAGAGCGGCUCAUAAUACCUACAAGCUCGGCUAGCGCUUAUGAGUCUGCCCUGGAAUAUGCCCCCAUACACGAAGAUAUUACUGUCUUCGAGAAGGGGGAGUCCUUGGAGUCUAGUGGCCUAGAAAGUGGGGAGAUACCUGAGGCAGCGACACCAACUCCAGGCAACCAAGUUUCAGCGUUUGAGACUGCGCAGCACGAACAGCACACUGGGGAGCAUUACAUGGAUGAUCGAGAUCCCGCUCCAACAUCAGCGGACCCAACUACCGUGGUUGAGUCCGAGCAGCACGCUUCGCAAGUCGAGGAAAGUUCGAUGGCUGAUCGCGACGCCACUCCAACACCCGCGGAACCGAUGACAGUGGCUGAAUCCGAGCAGCCCGCUUCGCAAGCCGAGGACAAUUUGAUGGCCGAUCGGGACGCCACUCCAACACCCGCGGAACCGAUGACAGUGGCUGAAUUCGAGCAGCCCGCUUCGCAAGCCGAGGACAAUUUGAUGGCGGAUCGGGACGCCACUCCAACACCAGCGGAGCCAGUCCCUGUGGUUGAGUCCGAGCAGCAUGCUUCGCAAGUCGAGGACAGAUCGAUGGCCGAUCGCGACGUCACGCCAAUACUAGCUGAGCAAAUCCUCGCUGUUCAGUCUCAACAGCAUGCUUUGCAAGCCGAGGACAGCUUGAUGGCCGAUCGCGAUGCCACUCCAGCACCAGCGGAGUCAGUCCCUGUGGUUGAGUCCGAGCAGCAUGCUUCGCAAGUCGAGGACAGCUUGAUGGCCGAUCACGAUGUCACUCCAACACCAGCGGAGCUAAUCCUCGCUGUUCAGUCUCAGCAUGAAUCGCAAACUAAGAGUCAGACUGUAGCUGACCAAGCUGCUGAGACGACAGUGUCCGAGCAUGUGGUGAUCAGCCAAGUAGACGAGCUUGAAGGCAACCAAGAUUUUUCAAUGGGCGAGCCGGAAAGCCCGGAUAGAUCGAUCAUGGAAGAUGCUAACAAUAUGGUUGGCCAAGAGUCGGAACCGGUGGCCCCAGAAGAAAACCUGGAAGUGAUCAGUGCAAUGAACGCAGCACCUUCAGUGCUUGAGGCGCAUGCCAAGGUACCUGCUGAAAACACCUACGCCGCCGUCAAUCAAGGGGCAGAAGAAACGGACACAGGAGAACACCCGUCAUCAGUGAUUACAGCUAGGGAAGUUACUCUGGAAGAACAGAACGAGUUGAUUGUGGAAGACAUACAUGACACAGUCGGCCAGGAAGCCGAGGAUAUUGACUCAGCGGAGCACCUUCAACCCGUCGCUGCGGUGGACCAAGCAGGACCUAUGGCCGCGGGGGAACAAAGUCAAACUCAAUCCCACGGCACACCUGACCAAGAAAGCCAAGAUGUCGAUAUGACAGUAGAAAGUCAACAGUCGUCGAUUUUAAACACGCUAGAUCGUGAUGUCCAUGGAACUGCGCCAUUGGACUUAGCAGAACAGUCACAGGCCAUUCUUGCAGAGGACCAGGCUAGGUCUCCCGAACCAGAAGAGCAUAAUGAGUCGACGGGGCAGCACUUGCCAUAUAAUGCAGCAGGGGAGCUAAAUAACUCCGAGUCGGAAGAACAAGAUGCGCCGAUUAAUCAAGACACUUCCACGGUCGAUCACAGAAGUCGGGCCUCCGAAGAACGGGGAGAACACGACCAAUCGGUCAUCCAAGACAUCCAAGACUCAUUUGGUCAAGAAAAUGGAGCCAUGGACUCAGCAGGAACCCUGCAUUCUAUUGUUGCAGAGGAUGGGGUAGUGCCCGCCCAGCCGGAAGUGCAAGAGGCGCCCUUUGCUGGAGGCACCAAUGAUGUGCCUGCCCAAGAGGUGGAUGCAAUAAAUUUGGCUGAGCUAGACACUGUUGUUGCAGGAGAUAAAACAGUAUCUGCCAAGCAACCUCUGUUAGAACAAUCGGAGCCCUCGGACGCGGAGACUGAGAGCGCGGACGAAGAUCUGCAUUCAGCUCUUGCAGUGGAUGAAGCUGUAUCUGCCAGGCAACCUCUGGUAGAACAACCGGAGCCCUCGGACGCUGAAACUGAGAGCGCGGACGAGGCGCCGCGCUACCCCAUGGUUGCGGUCGAAGUGAGAUCCGUUGGAAAUGGUUCAGUUAAGUCAGAAGAGCUCUUCGAUGCUGAUGUGGAGAGCGAUGUUGAGCAGGUGCACUCUGUUCUUGUAGAAGAUGAAGCCAGCGCUGCCGACCUAGCUUUGCCAGAUCCAGCAGAGCACUCAGACAUUGAUAUGGAGAGCGAUACCGAGAUUCUGCCCUUUGUCCUGGCGAAGCACGCAGCCAGCUCGGCCGAACACGCUCUAGUAGAACCGGCCGAGCACUCAGAUAUUGUUAUGGAGAGCGAAGUAGAGCUGCUGCUCUUCGACGAUACAGACGACAAAGCUAGCUCAACCGAGCAGGCACCAGUAUCUCCAGAAAUACACUCCGAGAUCGAGACUGCGGGCCCAGCCGAUCCCAACGCGACGACCGAGUCCGAGUCCGAGGAGGACGAAGAAAACGAUGAUUCCAUUGGGGAACACCACGAGACCGCCAGCAUCGAACUAGGCGACGAACCGCCGUCCCCGCCGCCUACUACUCGACCGCCAGCGCAGCCCGAGACCGUAUCCGAGGCGGAGAGUGACACUGAUGAUGAUGAUGAGAUUAACGAGAAUUGGUUCCUGUCCCUCCGCCAUCUUCGUCCGACAGCACCGGUCUGGUCGGACGACCCCAACACCCCUUUCAAGCAGUGGGUUCGAGCCGACCAGGCGAUUCUGAGCGAGCGUGACCGCCGCGGCGGGGCCUACCUUCCUGUCGAUGCGAAAGGGGUGAUUCAACGACCGGGCUAUCGAUAACUUUUCAUUUCCGGGGACUUAUCUUCUACUUUUCUUUUCGGGGUCUAUCUCUUACUCAUCUUUUCCUUUCGGUGUACAUCAUUACGUGGGACUUAUUUGUUAUUCUGCUGAUAAAAAGCGGGCGACAUGAACUAGAUGAUUAUCCUCCGAUUCGAUGAGAGAGUUGAGAGCGGUUCAAGUUCGGAUAAGGAUCCAGGUUGAUGACUACUACAUAUUGUAUUCUAUCGAAAUGCUGCUGGUGCGCAUCGCAUAAUGAUAC